UCUCAAACGCUUUCAAUUCUCUCUCUCUCUUCUCUCUUCUCUCUUACCCACAACGGCAAAACUACAAUCUUGCGCUCUCUCUCUUCGAAUCAGUAGUGCCAUGAAAACAGUUGUCUAGGAAUUUUCGAGCUUUUCCUCACCACCGCUGCUGCUGGUUCCCUCACUGAAGGCUCCGAUCGGGUGCUGCCGACACUAGCUUUGGUGUUUCCACAGCCAUGGAAGAGAGAGUUUGCAUUUGUGCUUCUGUUUGGAUUUGGGUUUGAGUCUAGGUUUGUGUGCGUUUGGCAGAGAGAGGCCCACGACCUCUGCAACUACCACAGGUAACGAAUCACACACCGGAAAACGCCACCGAUCGUUCUCCUCCUCUUUUGUUGGUUCAGGUCUUGGUUGGGUGACAAAGAUUUGCUUCUGCAGCAGGGUUUUUGCCAGCAACAGGUUAAAAGUUGGAGGUUGAUUAUUAGCUACAUGGGUAAGAAAACACUUGGCAAGGAAGGCUAUAAAAGUAAGAAAGACAUGGGAAAUGAAGCUGAUAUAUCGGAGGUGAAUGGAAGUGAAAAUGAUGUGCUUAUGAGAGUGGAGGAGGGUAUCAAAAUUAGCAGUGAGGUUGAGAGGAGAAAUGAAGAGAGAAAAGAAAAGAAAAAGAAGCAUAAGAAGGAAAAGAGCAAAGAUGGAAUUGAGACUGCUUCGUAUGUGAAUGAAAUCCUUGAGGGCAACACAGUGGAUGAGCUAGUUAAGGGGCAGGAUAGCUUUAAGAAAAGAGAUGAUGAUGGAAAAAAGGAUGGGAAAGAAUCAAAUGAAAAGAAGGAGAAGAAGAAAAAGAAGCAUAAGGAGGAAAAGAACAAAGAUGGAAUUGUGACAGCUUCUUAUGUGAAUGAAAUCCUUGAGGAUAACAAAGUGGAUGAGCUAGUUAAGGGGCAGGAUAGCUUUGGGAAAAGAGACAAUGAUGAAAUGAAGUAUGGGAAAGAAGCAGGUGAAAAGAAGGAGAAAAAGAAAAAGAAAAAGAAGCAUAAGGAGGAAAAGAGCAAAGAUGGAAUUGAGACAGCUUCUUAUACUAAUGAAACCCUUGAGAAUAACAAAGUGGAUGAGCUAGUUAAGGGGCACAAUAGCUUUGGGGAAAGAGACGAUGAUGAAACCAAGGAUGGUAAAGUAGUAGACAAAAAGGGGAAGAAAAGGAAGAGGGACACAGAGGGUAGUGAUGUUUCUGUGAAGAACAACAUGGGAAAAGAAAGAGAGGUCUCAGAUAGGAAAAACACAGAAAAGGUUGAGCCUACAAAAAAGAAAGGAAGGAAAGAUAUUGAGACCAGUGAUCUUAACGAAAGUUCUCCACUGAAGAGAACACCUAGGAGAGUAAGUUUCUCAGAUAAUGUGGUGGUUUUUUCUUCAUCUGAUGCUCCAAUUGAAGGGAAUAGUGAUCAAGAUGACAGCUUAGUACGAGGUAAGAGGUUUUCACAAGAAGAAGAUGAGAUGGUUAAAAAGGCUGUUUUUGAUUACAUAGAGGAACACCAGUUAGGUGAUGAAGGCCUAAACAUGGUUCUUCAUUGUAAAUCUCACCGUAAGAUUAAAAAUUGUUGGAAGGAAAUAGGAGCAGCCUUACCUUGGAGGCCUACUGAGAGUGUAUAUUAUCGAGCCCAUAUUUUGUUUGAAAGAGGUGAGAAGCGUAAAUGGACUCAAGAAGAGUAUGAACUUAUCCGAUCUUUCCAUAAAAAACAUGGGUCAGAGUGGAAAUUGAUGGCUGAUGCGCUUGGCAAACAUAGGUUUCAUGUAAAGGAUACAUGGCGUAGAAUAAAAUUGCCCAAUACAAAAAAAGGGCGUUGGUCCCAAGAGGAGUAUCAGAACUUGUUUGAUUUAGUAAACUUGGAUCUGCGAAUGAAGGCCAGUGAAGAAAAGAAAUCUAAGCAUGGUAUGUUGCGAGAUAAUAUUGCUUGGGAAGCCAUUAGUGAUAAGUUAUCUACCAGAAGCAAUGUGCUUUGCUGCAUGAAGUGGUAUAACCAAUUAACAUCACCUAUGGUCAGUGAAGGUUUAUGGGCUGAUGCUGAUGACUACCGCCUGCUGGAUGCUCUUUACAGCUUGGAUGCUUGCUGCAUAGAAGAUGUGGACUGGGAUGAUUUGAUUGAGCAUAGGUCGGGAGAGGUAUGUCAAAAGCGAUGGGACCAGAUGGUCAAACACAUCGGUGAGCAUUCAAACAAGUCAUUUGCUGAACAAGUUGAAGUCCUUUCCAAACGGUAUCAUCCAGAUGUACUUGAAGCAAGAGAGGCCUAUGAUAGCAAGCCUGCGGUUUCUUGAGCACUAUCUCCCAAAGUGUUUUUUGAGUCUGCGAUACACAGGAACUCUUUAAGAGUAAUAUUUUGUAGAAGUGAUAUAAGUUAAACUAGGGGAGUAACUACAUAUGAGACAUUGUUUGGUUAUCGUAUCCUGUUUCUUUUUGGUUGAUUAUUUUAUCAUUUACUAUUGGUUGCUA